ACCCAAACCUUCCCCUUUCCCCCCCCUCUCUCUCUCUCUUGCUUUGCCAUAGCGCUUAGCAUUUCUUCACCCAACAUAUCUUCUCCCCUUCCUUUUCCUCUACCCGCCUUCUUUCGCUAACCUCUCUUCUACACAAAUGCAAUCAUUUUGAUCCCACAAUUCAUUCAUUUCCACUCAAAUUUCAACUCUUCUCUUUUGGUUGAAAGAAAUAUAAGGCAUCCAAAGUUAAAUAUCAAACUGAGACUUUUUAUUAAGCUGUUAGUUCUUGAUCUGGAUUUUCACAUUGAACUGACUUUCUUCAAUGGAGAACCAGUUUUUCCUUAAUGCAGGAAUCCCACCACCCGCACGGCCAUUGCACUUUGGACCCUCUUUAUCGUCGCCAAUGCCAGCUUGGCAGUCCCUAUCUUCAGCCAUGGAAAUUCAGGUGACAGAGAUGAAUUGUUCCCCUGAUCAGUCUCAAGAUUGUUUCCUGAAUCCCCACUGGGAAAAGUCAACAGAUUACGGCCUACAGUUUGACUCAGCCCUGAGUUCAAUGGUGUCUUCCCCAGCAGCGUCAAAUUCCAAUAUCUCCAAUGAGAGCUUCAUGAUCAGGGAAUUGAUAGGCAAAUUGGGGAGCAUUGGUAACUCUGGUGAGAUCUCCCCACAUUCACAGCCAUUGUUGGCUUCUUACCUCAAUGGACCCAACAGUACCAACACCUCCGGUUAUAGCACCCCAUUGAAUUCUCCUCCUAAACUAAGCUUGCCAAUGAUGGAUAGUUUGGUUAAAGAGAAGCUUCCCAGUUUGGAAAAAUCAAUGGGAUUGAAUUCCAGUGUGGCAGAAUUCUCAGCUGAUCCUGGAUUUGCAGAGAGGGCAGCUAAAUUCUCCUGUUUUGGAAGCAAAAGUUUCAAUGGUCGGACGAGUCAGUUCGGACUCAACAACAACAAUGAAAUUGCGGCUUACAGAUCUAAUCCAUUGAGAGCAGAUACCAAGCUACCGCGUGUUUCAAGUAGUCCUUCUCUAAAGGCAAUGGGAUCUCAAGUUGGUGGUGUUCAAGGGGCCAACAAGAAUUCUCCACUGAAGGACCGAUCAGAAUUAGCCAAUUCUCAAGAGGAAUCAACCGUUUCCGAACAGAAUCCCAAUGGUGAUCCUGGUUUGAAAGCUUCAAAAGAUUUGACUUCAAGGAAAAGAAAGGCGGUUCCCAAAGCAAAAACAAAGGAAACUUCUGCAUCCCCAUCAGCAAAUGCUGCAAAGGUGCAUGAUCCAAACGAAGAAUCAAACGAGAAGCGGUGCAAGUCUACAGAAAGCAAUGGAAAUGAAAAUGGCUCUGUUAAAGCAGAGGAAGAAGCAAAAGGAAGCAAUGGAAAUGCAGGGGAUGAGAAACAGAACAAGACAAAUAAUAAUAACACAAAGCCUCCUGAACCUCCAAAGGAUUAUAUUCAUGUUAGAGCAAGAAGGGGUCAAGCCACUGACAGCCAUAGUUUAGCUGAAAGAGUCCGUAGAGAGAAAAUCAGUGAGAGAAUGAAGCUUCUGCAAAAUCUUGUUCCCGGCUGCAACAAGGUCACUGGAAAAGCCCUUAUGCUGGAUGAAAUUAUAAACUACGUUCAAUCAUUGCAGCGACAAGUUGAGUUCCUCUCAAUGAAGCUAGCUUCAGUGAAUACCAGGCUGGAUUUUAACGUGGAUAGUUUAAUGUCAAAGGAUAUAUUUCAAUCAAACACUACUUUGCCACAUCCAAUAUUCCCAAUAGAUUCCUCCUCGGCAUCAGCCUUUUUUGGGCACCAGCCCCAGCAAAACCCAGCACUUCAUAGCAAUCUUUCCAGUGGGACAAUGACCCAAUGCUCAGUGGACCCAUUAGAUACUGCAAUAUGCCCCAACCUUAACACGCAUUUACCUCCAAUUAACCAAUUUGCUCAAAUUGUCCCUCAGUACCCAACAUUCUGUGAGGGUGACCUGCAAACCGUAGUUCAGAUGGGGUAUGGCCAGAAUCCGAGCCAGGAAAUGGCAAUACAGUCAGAAAACUUGCAGGGGUCAAAUCAAGUAUCCCACAUGAAAGUUGAGCUCUGAUAACCAUUCUUUGGUCCUGAAUUCUUAAAGGUCAAAAGGAGAGAACGGCUGCUGUAUAUACAAGGAAUUUAAUAUGGACCAGUGCAUGAACUACUUGUACUAGCCAAUUAUGCUUAGGUUUUAAAGAGGAGGAUUCUUUUCCUUUUUCACCCUAAUAUUUUUAUCUUACUUUUGGGUUUUGUCGAUGAUUUUGUCUUCUUCUAAUUCUUUUUAUGGAGCUUUCCUAUCAAAAUUAUCCACUGUAAAAUUUGUGUACUCCUUCCUGGUGCAAAAAUCUUAAUAGCAAAAGCACCAACAUUUGUAAGAUA